AUGGACACCCCACGUUCCGAGUUGCCACACUUUACCAAUGCCCCCGCGGCGGAGCUGGAUGAUCGUAGGUUCGAGGCGAAUUCAUUUCUUUGUUCUGGCACUACAUCGUCGAACGCUCGUGUCCGUCUGGACAUAUCGCUCGCUCAUUAUCUAGGAUACCCAUAGCCUUAUUCACAGAGACUACAAGCUGGCUGUGUUGGAUGAAGACACACGCGACGAUAGGUGUGCCCUUUGUCCUGAUGACUAUGAUGUUUCCAUCCCGCUCUUCUUAGGUCGCUUCCACGAGAUCACCACCGCCCCCAAACCCCGCCGCAGCAUUCGCGAACCCGGAGCAGAGACGCCGUGAGGAUCGUUCCGCCGCCAUCAGCUCUCACGUUCUCGCGGAUCUUGCUUCAGGCCUCCGUCGGACUAAGUCACGCCGUCCAACAUUUACUGAGGAACAAACUGCUGCGAAUGGCUCCGGAGAUGAAGCUCUGACCACUUCGGAGGAGGACAUUUGCUUUUUGCCUCCUGAGGAGAGCAAAGUCCGGGGUGGGAUUGAUUUUCAGGAGAUGUAUGAAUUUGUAGCCGAUCAAUCACGCGCGAAGCCCGGUGGGACGAGAGGGAAAAUUAGCACAUGUGGGGAUCCCAUUGGGUCCCUACGCUUUGACCAAAUCAAGGCCAAAGAGGAUUUGCCCCUGCUCCUAGCAGUGUUGGGAAAGAGGCUCCCAUGUCCUCCACGUCACCCACCAAUAAUGAGAAAGCCGAAUUUUGGAACACGCCGACCACUCCCCGUCAUAGGCGUGUGAGCAAUCCUGGCCAAUUCGGGUUUUUCUCAUCCGAGGCUGAUGUCAUGAUCCACGCUCGCUAGGUUUGCAUCCUCCCACGCGAUGGUGAGACGCUCCACGGGCUCUUCCAUGGUAAGGCGUCUGGUGGUUGGACUGCUGCGAUCCUACUACAGAAGAGUUGGCUAUGCUCAUGAAGGCUUUUGCAAUCGAUCCUAUGACAUCUAAACAUAUUUGGGUUUCAGAGCCUGGUGAGAAGGUUGGGCUUUCCAGGUCCUACUAUUUUGUAUGCUUCCGGUCUUUUGUGCAAAAUAAGAACCCAUCGGACUUUCUGGAUCCUGUAAACGUCUAUACCAUUGUUUUUCACGAGGGUGUGUUGAGUUUCUAUUUUGAACCUUCCCCGCACAGCCCCAACAGUAGGAAACUGAUUAGUCAACUCCGUAAUUACGUUGCUCUCUCAUCAGAUUGGAUUUGCUACGCAUUGAUCUAAGUUUUAUAGUGCUUACAGUGGUGUUGAGAGAGUAGUCCUGGCAUGGGUGAUAAAUAGUGAUUAUAUCGCUGAUUCCUUCCGUGCCAUAAUUCACGACAUCGAGACGGAGUCUGACGCCAUCGAAGAUGCUGUUUCUGUCCUGUGCACGGACGCUAGUUUGUGGGAACGCGCUUCUGGGAUCGCGGUUUGGCUGUGGGCGAGGUUCAGCGGGAAAUUUCCGGGGUCCCGCGGCAGUGCAUCCGAUGGAAGGAAAGCUGUGCGCGGUGGGGGAAAUCCGGUGGAUGCAAAAUUGUGCGCCGACCGGAACGAAAGCGAAAAGGCAAGAGGAACAGAGCGGAAGCCAGGCGGGGAGGGAGGCAAAUCGACGAAGUUCGUCUUCCCUUUGUCCUCCGUUUGUUAGCUUGUGUUUGCUCGUCGAUGGGGAACAUACCGGUGGGGGGUGGCCGGUCGUUGUCGUUGGUGAUAUAUACUUCACGUUUUUACCCUUAGUUACUUGAGAGAUAGCGAAGGAGAGCUGAGUUUUCCCGCUCCUGAUUUCUGCGAUGGUAUUGAGUUAGCACUUGUCGUUUUAUUUUGAGCGAGUGAUAGUUAGUGACAGCGGGUGCUUAGUAGACUAUACGGAGCGGAACCCAUGCCCAAGCGGUAG